GUUGCAAUAACUGAAAGUAAGAUAUAUAUAGCCUUCAAGAUCGAAAGUGUUCCAUAUUUGUUCCUCAGUUUACACUAGACUUGGAGAUGCAGAUAUUUGUAAAGACAUUGACUGGUAAAACGAUCACUUUGGAAGUCGAACCGAGUGACACCAUUGAGAAUGUGAAGGCUAAGAUCCAAGAUAAAGAAGGAAUUCCACCCGAUCAACAGCGUCUGAUCUUUGCUGGAAAGCAGCUGGAAGAUGGUCGUACAUUGUCUGAUUACAAUAUCCAGAAAGAGUCCACUCUUCACUUGGUGUUGCGUCUUCGUGGUGGUAUGCAGAUUUUUGUGAAGACAUUGACUGGUAAAACGAUCACUUUGGAAGUCGAACCGAGUGACACCAUUGAGAAUGUGAAGGCUAAGAUCCAAGAUAAAGAAGGAAUUCCACCCGAUCAACAGCGUCUGAUCUUUGCUGGAAAGCAGCUGGAAGAUGGUCGUACAUUGUCUGAUUACAAUAUCCAGAAAGAGUCCACUCUUCACUUGGUGUUGCGUCUUCGUGGUGGUAUGCAGAUUUUUGUGAAGACAUUGACUGGUAAAACGAUCACUUUGGAAGUCGAACCGAGUGACACCAUUGAGAAUGUGAAGGCUAAGAUCCAAGAUAAAGAAGGAAUUCCACCCGAUCAACAGCGUCUGAUCUUUGCUGGAAAGCAGCUGGAAGAUGGUCGUACAUUGUCUGAUUACAAUAUCCAGAAAGAGUCCACUCUUCACUUGGUGUUGCGUCUUCGUGGUGGUAUGCAGAUUUUUGUGAAGACAUUGACUGGUAAAACGAUCACUUUGGAAGUCGAACCGAGUGACACCAUUGAGAAUGUGAAGGCUAAGAUCCAAGAUAAAGAAGGAAUUCCACCCGAUCAACAGCGUCUGAUCUUUGCUGGAAAGCAGCUGGAAGAUGGUCGUACAUUGUCUGAUUACAAUAUCCAGAAAGAGUCCACUCUUCACUUGGUGUUGCGUCUUCGUGGUGGUAUGCAGAUUUUUGUGAAGACAUUGACUGGUAAAACGAUCACUUUGGAAGUCGAACCGAGUGACACCAUUGAGAAUGUGAAGGCUAAGAUCCAAGAUAAAGAAGGAAUUCCACCCGAUCAACAGCGUCUGAUCUUUGCUGGAAAGCAGCUGGAAGAUGGUCGUACAUUGUCUGAUUACAAUAUCCAGAAAGAGUCCACUCUUCACUUGGUGUUGCGUCUUCGUGGUGGUAUGCAGAUUUUUGUGAAGACAUUGACUGGUAAAACGAUCACUUUGGAAGUCGAACCGAGUGACACCAUUGAGAAUGUGAAGGCUAAGAUCCAAGAUAAAGAAGGAAUUCCACCCGAUCAACAGCGUCUGAUCUUUGCUGGAAAGCAGCUGGAAGAUGGUCGUACAUUGUCUGAUUACAAUAUCCAGAAAGAGUCCACUCUUCACUUGGUGUUGCGUCUUCGUGGAGGUUAAUUUUAUUUCAGUUCAUUUACCUUAAUAAACUUUUAAUUUAACUUAGUUCUCUAUUUGUUUUGUUCUUGAUUCUUCGUGUGUGUGUCUAGUGUAACUGUGACUCCUAAUCAAUGUAGAUUUGCUGGUGUUAUGCAAUUAAGCCUAUCGAGUUACCUUAUGCCAGUUACCUGAAUUUAUUAAGUUUCGAUGUCCUGAUUUUAUUAGGAUUAGUGUCGUAUUGCUUGUAUCCAUAUUUCCGUCCUUGAUCUUACUGCGUUGGUCGCAUUGCUAACUUGAAUGUUUGUCGUCUGUUAUUGCCUGCCCGGACUCGUGUGCUGAAGUGUACGUGCGGUCUUGUCAACUCGUAAUUAAUGUUUGUAACAAGUCUCGUGGAAAAGUUUACAUGCUCUAGAUUAGCCGAAUAUAUAUAUAUUCUCUUCAUGAUUGUCCGGGUAACGUGCGGAGUUCAGACUACCUGGCUGAGGUCCGAGUAAUCGUUUUUAACAGUGGCUAGAGACUGGUUGACAUAUCUAAAAAUAGUUCGCAGUAGCCCGGGCGCGUUUAUGUCAUCUUCCCUUUGAUUCUAGAUCGAAGUUUUAAUUAUUAGUCUAUACUUUCCCAAGCUAUCUGCUAUGCUUGUUCCUUUUGUCACCAUUGCAAUCACUACUCCUGAUAACUUGGGUAUUGUUUUGAUAAUUCCGUCUUAUCAUGAGAAUGGGGCGUGAAUGGUGAGGCAAGCGCAGGAGGUUAAAGACACCGAGGACUGUGUGUGCUCAUCUUUUCAAUGAUAAUCGGCCAGACUUUUGACCGGUAUCUUUAGUGAAAACCAGUUUUCAAAUAAAUAUCUUAGUAAGUUUUGCGGCGUGGCUUGAUGUCAUUUUAACGGGACUAGCGCGUUUGUUUCUAGGAGCUCUUCAUGAUUGAGAAGGUGUCAUUUGUCUCAUUGCCUUAUCAACUUUUCUCAACCUCGUCAAAUAUAAGUGUGAUAACGUAGUCCUGCAUUGUAUGAGGUUGUGCGCAAUCGUUCGUUAUGCCUAACGUGUCAGCAUCGUCUUAGCUUUUACAGUUUGGGGCUUGAUGUCUUCGCCCGAACCUAGUAUCAAUAGCCGUUGUGCGACAGUUCGAUAACCUGAAAGUAAAGCGAGCGUCUGGUAUUUCCACGUUUGUUUACAAUACUGCUGUUAGUUUAUUCAAUAGUUUGAUUGAUAAUGCUUAUUAGUCGUCCGUUAACGUAUAAACAGGCUUUCAGUUUGUACUGGUUCUUAAUUUCUAGGCUACAAGAAAAUCCUAGUCUCCUUAGACGUGGGAUGUUGAUAUCAAUAUUCCUCUUAGGCGUUAACUGGUUAAGUAUUAGCUUGAAUUUUUAUUUACGACUAGUAGGAUCUUCUCUAGUCUCACUUUAUAAUUUCAAUAACUUCGUCUAGCAGUAUCACUGAACAUCUUACAUUACGGAAAUCUUUCGUCCUUAAACUCAUCUGGGACUUCUGUCGGUCUAAAUCCGGAUAAAGGAUAAGGGUUGGGAGUGGUGUUCGAAGCCCUUUGUUGAGAAAAGCUGCUCCGAAUCACUAAUCAGAGCUGGAGAUCCUUAGAUGAUGCAUGUACCUUUAUUUCUUUUGACACUUAUCAUUGGAGGGGCUCUGGAUAUGUCUACAUUCAGUGUUUUGAACGUUCUUGAAUUACUUAAUUCGAAUGAAGCCUUAAAUAUUCACUAACUGGGGGAUUCGGAAUACUUAUGUUACUCAUCUCUGUUUUUGGCCUAAGGCUUGAGAAGCAAAAUAAAGACGGCUUGGUCUCAUACACUAAUGCCUUCUGGUUGGUCACUUUCUGAUAUAAUAGCAACAGACUUAAGAGCAUAUUUAAACAUACGGAGGUUUGAGAAUAUAACGGAGAGCUAAACUGGCGACUUAUUCCACUACCAUAUUACUAGAACAAUUGAUAGGAUACCUAAAACUAGCUAAGCUGACCAUUAGUUGAUUUUCAGUUUCGUACUAUCGACAUUAAUGGUAUACUGACCCUUCGUCUCUGAUUCAGAAAGUCACAAGGCACUUGAAGUGUUUAGGAUAACAGUCUUCUUCGAUUUCACUUCAGAUGUCCGACUUUGGACUACAAUUUGGGCGUGCUGGUUAGAUGAUCAUAAUUCCAUGCUUUCAAUCGCUGGCAACUUAAGUUUAUGAGAAAAAAACCUAUCACUUUAUGAUAAUCACAGAAGAGUCAGCUUAACUAGCAUGGUUUUUAGGCAUCUUUGCCCAUUAGACAUUUGAUUAGAACAUAGGGAUAGGAAACCUUGGGUAGAUCAGAUACAUCUUAGGUUUGGCUCGAAAUGUAUCGACCAAUCGUCGUCUCGAGACAUAAUAAAACUCAACGGACUAAGACUAUGUCCAAUUGCGUUGAUCGAGAGGUCUUGUGAUAGCAUCUUUUAUUGAAAAGCGUUAAACAAAUAGAUAUAAUCGACGUAGAAAAUGGCAGAUGUAUACAUCAGUUUACAUUACCACAUUUCACCUCAGCAUAAUGAGACUAAAUUCGCAAAAAGAUAAGAAGCUGAAAAUAACAAUAUUUUCCCUGUGAACACUGAAAAGGAGUAACGUAGUCGUAGCACUUAACUGUGGUUAGUAGGUGUUAAUCGCCGGUAUAAUAAUACGGUCAAGAGUUGGGAAAAUGAAUGUGUCUGUUCCGACAUUACCAUUUUUGAGCUACUUAUGCUAAUGUUAUGGUUACUGUUCUAUUUCAAACCACCUACAAUCAAGACUUCAACUCUAUGCUAAUUGAAUUAAUAGAAUGAAUUAAUCCCAUAUCUUUGUUAAGUUGUAUUAAACCUUUAGAUGUAAAGCCAUGUUACCCACGAUAACGCGUACAUGAUGUAUCUGUAAGGAUAACAGAUGUCUCAACUGAAAAAGUCAUACGAUUUUACGACUACUAACUAAAUUAUCACCUUGUCUUAGUACUCCACAUCUAAAUCCAUCAUUUCACAGUGUAUCAGAGGCUCAUUGAAGGCAGUUGCAGUUCAAUACAAAUAAGCUAUACAUGCCUUAUACCUCUGCAACUGUAAGGUAAUGCGAAGUGGACUGCUGUUCAGCAUGAUCCCCCUUUGAAAGGUAAAUGGACGUCUUACGCAAACGAUAAAUGAUGUUUCUUGUUAAACUUAAUCUAGAUUUUUAUGUGUGUGCUUGAAUUCGCUUAUUCACCAAUCUGUUAGUGUUGAAGCAAUAUUUUGUAUUUGAAGGGAGGAAACUACAUCUAAUUAAUUAUCAUCACUCAGUGUCCGAAAACCGUUAUUUCAGCGCCUCUUUAGAACGUAAAUGUAUCACUUGAGUACUUCAAACCUAUAAAAGAGUUUCUAGAUAAAGUAUUUGAGAAAUCUUACUAAUAAAAUCACUUCUUGUAGGAUAUCUGUGGC